GCAAAGAACCAACAUCCAGACUUCUCUUGACUGCUAGGUGACAGUGGUACCCGGCACACUUCCAAGCACACUUCAAAAACAGCCAUGAAGUACUCAACCUCCUUCAUCGGAGCAGUCGCGGCUGUCUCCCAGCUCACCCAAGCUGCACCAACCAACAACCGCGGAACCUCCUCCAACGAUGAUGGCCCUCUCGUCAUCCUCUCUCCCGAUGAGGUCGUUCCCAUCGUUCCCAUCUCCCAAGCCGUCCCUCAUCACAGCAUUGCAGGUGAUUCCGCCCUCGUGAAGAGCCUCAAUAGUGCCCUUGCUGGUCUCCCGAAGCCAACCGCCUGGUUCAGCAAGACGGCCAAGGCCACUCCUGUCAAGGGUCAAGCCUAUGUUGCUGCUGCCACUACCAUCUCUGAGACUCCUGUCAUUAUUGUCUUUCCUCCUCCUUCUCCCGUUACCACUCUGAUUCCUUUUGUCGCUUCCUUUGGUAAUGCUCCCGCGCCUGCUGCGUCCUCGACUAGCAGUGACAGCAGCAGCAGCAGCAGCAGCAGCAGCAGCAGCAGCACCCCGCUCGUUCCUACUUCGUCUUCGUCUUCGUCUGCGGCUGCUACUCUGACUAGUACUACGGCCUCGACCAUUGGCAACGGCACCAACCCCAUUACUUCUGCGUCGACCACGAGUUCUGCUGCUCCGGUUGCUAGUGUGACUAGUACUACCACUUCUACUACGACCUCUACUACUACUGCUGACGCUGCUGCGACCACGGCCAACGGCAACAAUGGCAAUGGAAACGGCAAUGGAAACGGCAAUGGUAACAAUGGCAAUGGGAAUGGAAAUGGUGGUGGUAAUGGUGCUGGCAAUGGUGGUGCUGCUGUUGCUACUACUACUACUACUACUGCUACUGCUGCUGCCGCUGCUACGACCACGGCCAACGGCAACAACGGCAACAAUGGCAACAAUGGCAACAAUGGCAACAAUGGCAACAAUGGCAACAAUGGCAACAAUGGCAACAAUGGCAACAAUGGCAACAAUGGCAACAAUGGCAACAAUGGCAACAAUGGUAACAAUGGUAACAAUGGUAAUGGGAAUGGGAAUGGUGGUGGUAAUGGUGCUGGCAAUGGUGGUGCUGCUGCUGCUCUUACUACUACUGCCACUGCCACUGCUACUGCCACUGCCACCGUUACGGCCAACGCCAACAAUGGAAAUGGCAAUGGCAAUGGCAAUGGCAAUGGCAAUGCUAAUGGCAAUCGCAAUGGCAACAGGGCAAAUGUCCGCAGGGACGGUUUGGGUGAUGGCAAGAACGGCGGCCAGCAACAGAUCUAUGGCGGCAUUGAUGCCUCUAAAGAUGGUCGGUUCGGUGGGAGUGGUCACGGGAUCUACUACGACGGUGGCAAGGUAGAUGAUGGCACGAAGCAAGAUGCCAAUGCGGCUGCUGCAUCGGCUGCUGCUGCUCCUCUAUCUUUAGCUUCGAUUGCUUCGUCUGCUCCGGCGGCUGCUGCUGCUCCUGCCUCAGCUUCGAUUUCUUCGUCUGCUCCGGCUGCUGCUGCUGCUGUUUUUACAACCCCUAUUUAUUCAUCUCCUCCUCAUUCUUGGUCAACUCCGAUUCAUACAUCUCCUCCUCCGCCUAAAGUUCAGAUUGUUUCAUCUGCUCCGGCUGCUGCCGCUCCUUCCGCUUCGUCCAUUACUCCGGCUGCUGCUCCGGCUUUGGCUUCGGCUGCGGCUGCGGCUGCGGCUCCUCAAGGUGCUUCCGCUCCCGCAGGCAACAGCCUCGUCGCCCAGAUCCCCGACGGGCAGAUCCAAGUGCGCCCUCUUUCCACGCCUCAGGUCGGCGGAGCCAACAGUGCCGACCCGCAGGCGCCGUCGCCGUGGGCCUCGGUUGUGACUGGCGGCAGUGCCAGCGUGGAUGGGGGUAGGUUGUGGAAGACCAUGGGUAUGGGAUUGGUGGCGACUGUUGUGGGAAUGUAUAUGUGGUAAGAUAUGAAAAUCUACCUACCGCCUACCGCACGCAGUCAGUCAGUCAGUCAGUCAGUCAGCGCAACUGGCAGCUGAAAGGUGGGUAGGUAGGCAAAAAGGGGGAUUACGUGAAAAAGUGUAAUCGGGAAAAGAGGGAAAGUGGCAGGCAGGUGAUAAAACCAAGAAAAGCACACAAAAACAGUAUUGUCUUUAAUGGGGGGGGGGGAAGAGAGAAAAAGAAUAUGGUGAUGUAGAAUAGUCGUUGUGGAUUUCAAAUUGGGUUGCGUACCUGCGUUCCUAACUC